UCCACUCUAUUUUCUCUUGUUCCGAAUAUCGAAUUUUCAUCACAACCUCGUUCUUGAAUGUUCACUCACUCUCUCUCUCUCUCUCUCUCUAAAUUGUACGCAGACAGUAUCCAGACACUUUCAGAUUCGGUGCAACUCAGCUAAAUGGAAACUGGUUCUAGGGGUUCCGGGUGCGGUUUUGCAGAGAUUUUCAGGAGAGAGAUGGGUUUAUCUCGACCCCCCACUUUCGCUAGGCGAAUUUCAGCUUCUGAGGUCCUUGUGAAGCAAAUUGAUCUGUAUGGCAAGUUAAACGGUCACGAGGGUUGUGUAAACACAAUUCAAUUCAACUCCGCUGGUGACCUUCUCGUGUCAGGUUCUGACGAUCAAGAAGUGAAGAUCUGGAAUUGGGCUACUAAAACAUUAGAACUUUCGUAUCCCUCUGGCCACUUGGACAACAUAUUCCAGGUCAAGAUCAUGCCUUUUACCAAUGAUCGGAAAAUAGUAACUUCUGCGGCUGAUGGCCAGAUCAGACUUGGUCAGGUGAAGGAGAAUGGUGAAGCAGAAACAAAAAGGUUAGGAAAGCACCAAGGCCGGAUUCAUAAUCUUGCUGUGGAGCCUGGAAGUCCCUACAUAUUAUAUAGCUGUGGCGAGGAUGGCCUUGUUCAACAUUUCGAUCUACGAAGUAAUUCUGCAAGAAAACUUUUCAGUUGCUCCUCGUUCAUGGAAAACAAGCAGUCUUCUGGCAGUAUAAGGUUGAAUGCACUUGUGAUCGACCCAAGAAACCCUAAUUACUUUGCUUUAGGAGGUUCUGACAAAUACGCACGUGUCUACGACAUUAGAAAGUACCAAAGGGACUCGUCAAGUAACUUAGAUAAACCCGUCAAUACCUUUUGUCCUCAUCACCUGAUUGAGACCCAUGACGUUCACAUAACAUCAUUGGCAUUCUCAAACACAAGUGAACUACUUGUCUCUUAUGACGACGAGCUCAUUUAUUUAUUUCAGAAGAACACGGGGAUGGGUCCCUCCCCAUUGUCAAUACCACGCGAGGAUUUGCAGAAACUGGAAGAACCACAAGCUUAUGUGGGGCAUAGGAACUCGCGAACAGUUAAAGGAGUGAGUUUCUUUGGUCCUCAUGAUGAAUAUGUCAUGAGUGGGUCUGAUUGCGGCCACAUAUUUAUAUGGAAGAAGAAAGGAGCAGAACUUGUGCGUUUAAUGGUAGGUGAUCGGGACAUAGUAAAUCAAGUGGAACCCCAUCCAAAUAUGCCUGUUAUUGCUACCUCUGGAAUAGAAAAGAAUAUAAAGGUCUGGGCUCCUGUAUCAAGUGAUGUUGUUCCUCUCCCUCACAAUGUAAAAGAGAUUAUGGAGUCUAAUAAGCGAGGCAGAGAGGACAACUCACAUGUUACGCUUACCCCAGAUAUGAUCAUGCAUGUUUUGCGGUUGCACAGGAGGCAGGCAUUGUCUUAUAUUGAAAGAAGGUACAAUAGAGCUGAUGAUGAUAGCGAUGAUGAACAUGAAGAACAUUAUUCCGGAAUUUCAGAGGAUGCCUCUUCCGAUGAGGGAAGCGCCAAUGAGUGCAACAUUAGCUAGAGUUCUUGUGUCAAAAAAAAAAACACAAAUACUAUACUAGUUUGUAUUGUGUCAAAAAGUGGAAUGCUUUUCUUAUUUUGUUUGGGUAUUCCUUCUUUGAUGUACACCGUUUAUGUUUGAUAUGGUUCCAAGUUGUUCCGGAGAUACGUAAGAUGAAUCUGGAUCGCUAGAUCGGGGGAACAUUAUGGUUCUCUUGAUGUUAUUUGUAAGGAGGUCUAGGUGAUCUUAAUCUUGCAGUAUGUGUAUCAAUUUGUGUUUUAGCAGCAGUAAAGGAACUUUUUGGAUCCAAUAACAUGUGAGGUGCAGGAUAAUCUUGGUUUUCUUA